UUUGGGGGAGCGGAGCUCGCUGCGCGACCCGGAAGUGCUGCGAGCCUGGUUCCGGUGGGGAUCCCAGCGGCGUUGCGCCCCCCUCAGUGUCCCGGCCUAGUCUCCUCUCCCCCCGCUCGCCCACUUCUGCCGAUUCCUUGUCAGCCGGGCAGCGCAGCGGCGGCGCGUUCGCUGAGUGAGGCCGCGACGGCGGCGCUGGCUCUUCUCCGGGGGGAACUGAUUCCCAAUGCCCUGCAAUGGAUGAUGACAGUCAGGAUGAACUGAUAAACAAGAAUGCUGCAUUAGGCAAAGGCAAAAGAUCAAAUUUAGUGCUCCUAAGUGAAGCAGAAAGCAAUGAUGGAAAUAGUGGGGAUUCAGAAGAUGAUACAGGAAGUGAGGAAGAAGAUGGCACUGAUGAAGAUGGGGGUGAGGAGGAAGGUGAAGAUGAAGAUUUAGAAGAUUCUGAAGAUGAGGAGGAAGAUGAUGACUAUGCUGAAGAGGAAGAAAUGGAAACUGCUGUUGCGGAAACAACCAUUUCUCUGAAAACAACGCCACAGACAAAUGGAGGGGACAUUUCUUCUGAUGAUGAUGCUGAAAACUGCCCCAUCUGCCUCAACACCUUUAGGAAUCAGGCUGUUGGAACUCCUGAGAGCUGUGCCCAUUACUUCUGCUUGGACUGUAUUGUGGAGUGGUCUAAAAAUGCCAAUUCCUGUCCAGUGGAUCGAAUCCUCUUUAAAUAUAUUUGCAUUCGGGUGCGAUUUGGUGGUGAUAUCUUAAAAAAGAUUCCUGUUGAGAAUACAAAAGCUCAGGAUGGUGAUAGCGGGGAGGAUGAUCCAACUUUUUGUGAGGUGUGUGGCAGAAGUGACAGAGAAGACCGCCUGCUGCUGUGUGAUGGCUGUGAUGCAGGAUACCACAUGGAAUGCCUUAAUCCACCUCUGAAUGAGGUACCUGUGGAUGAAUGGUUUUGUCCAGCAUGUGCACCAACUAAUGCUGCUGUUGCUGCUGCUGAGACAGAUCAUGUGAGUGAAGAAGAGGUUGCUGCCCUCAUAGCUGAUGUCACCCCUACCACCAGCAGGCUACGUCUUAACGUCCGAACUCGAGCAAUAGCCAGGACUCGGCAAAGCGAACGAGUUAGGGCAACAGUGAACAGAAACAGAAUAACAACUGCACGGCAAAUUCAGCAUGUGCCAAGGUAUCUGAUGUCUUCUCUUCUUGAUGAAACAAUUGAGGCAGUUGCAGCAGGUCUAAGCACAGCUGUAUACCAGCGACCUCUGACACCACGGGCUCCAACCAGGCAGAAAAGAAAAACAGGUAGAAGGAAGAAAGCAGGCAAAAAAAGAACUCAGGCAAAGUCUUCUGUUGGAAAAAAGAGUUCAGGGACACGGAUCAAGAGACAUAAACGUCGAGUAAAGAGGAGAAAGGGGAAGAAGAUACGAGUGAAAAAUGAAGUUACUGCUCGCUCCCGUAUUGCAAGAACUCUUGGCCUUGGUAGACCUGUACGUGGAGCUUCAAUCCCUUCUGUAUAUAAACCGAUAGAACCCUCACUUGGCCUUAUGAGAGCAGAUAUUGGUGCAGCUUCUCUGUCUGUGUUUGGAGAUCCCUAUGAACUGGACCCAUAUGACAGUAAUGAAGAGAUUCCAGCCAACCCAGCUUCACCUGUGAGCGCCAAAAGGAGAAUUCUUUCCCAGUCUGCAUUAAGAUCUCAUCGGCCUGUGGCUAGACCCGUUUCUGUGGGACUUUCUGGGAGAAGUGUGCCUGUCUUGAUUCCUGAUCAAGAAACCGAAGCUCCCCCUGCGCCUGACCUGUUGGGAAGUAUCCUGUCUGGACAGAGCCUCCUAAUGAUGAGUGGGUCUGAUGUGGUCAUCAACAGAGAUGGUUCACUAACAGCAAAGAGGGCAGUUCCGUCACUGCAGAGAAACUCACUUAGUGACUUGAGGGUAGAAGAUGGAUCAGGAGAAAAUCUUCAACCAAGUACAUUGCACUCAGGGACCACAACAAGCAGCUCCAGUGCAGAACCUUCAGUUUCGUUGGGGCUGAAUCCUCGCACCAGACCCACCUCAUCAAGCUUAUUUUCAACAUCAUCCUCAUUAAGCAGGUUCAAGAAGGCAGUGAACCCCACAGAGACCACUGGAAGAGCAGCUGUUAGAUUAGAAUAUUCAAUGACUCCUAGAUCUGUUCAGACUCUCAGUGUGGCAAAUCCGAGCAGACCUGGUCUAAAAUCAGAUGAAAUGCCUAGAUUUAAUGGGGAUUCUAAACAUGCAGUGCCCUCUUGCUCCACAUCUUUGAAGCCCUUCAACAGUAACUCUAAUUUGAGUUCAAAAAGUGUAGCUGUGAGACAGCUGCUAAAACCAGCAGCUCCCAAGAGGAUAGAUAUCUCUGAGCUUCCCAGGAUACCAAAGAUUAAAAAGGAAAUCGUCAGCAGGCAUUCAGAAUCAGAACCUUCGGGGAACCAAAGCUGUGACAUCCCCAAUUCCUGUAUAACCCAGCUGACUGGCAAAGGGAGCACUAAUCAGUCAGGAAAAGGUAGCAAGAUGGAAAACAACAAGUCAAAUACCAAGGAAUCUCAACAACAGACACACACAAGUGGAGGCUCUUUUUCCACAAAUACAGGUGUCUAUGGAAGUACAACAUUGUUGGGGUCAUCAAGGAGUAAAGGUGUAAGCUCUUCUUUUGAGAGCUUUAAGAUUAAUAUCCCUGGAAAUGCAGGGCAUUCCAGCAGACUGUCUAAUCCUGGGUUUUGUAAUACCUUCCGCCCUGUAGACAACAAAGUGCAACAGAGAGAGAAUCCUUCCCCUCUCUUCUCAAUUAAAAAACCAAAGCAGAUCAAAAGCGAAAUAUUAUACGAUCCCUUUGAUCCAACAGGCUCAGAUUCAAGUUCAACUAACAGCAGUCCUGAAAGGCUUGUCUCAGGAGUGCCACUAACAAACAUCACCAGAACCAUUUCGAUUGAAAGUCCCAGAAUUCAAACAUUUCAAACUGUGCGUCGUUUUACCCCUUACACGUUAGAAAAUAUCUUUGGAUCGGGUGCUGAAUCAUCUGAUGUUCCAUCAAGUAACACAGAGUCUCAUGAUGAUGUGACAAUAGAGGGGAGGAUUGUGGAACAGAUCUCUGAUACUGAACAAGAGAAAAUGGAUGAGGAAGAAUCUCAAAGCAGACCCUGUACUUCAUCUGCAGUCAAACGAACUUCUAACCUGGAGUAUUUAGAAGAAGAAAGUAGAGGAAGUCCUAGGGUGUUCUUUGACGUGGAAGAGCUAGCUAGAGCUAAUGUGAAGCUGGAGCCAGAUAGCCACUCUAGUAAUGAUGGGCAGGAAAAAAUCCAUAAAAGAGAACAAAUGGAGAGAGAGUCACGUUCCCGAUCCCGGUCAAACUCCAGCUCCCGAAGCCGGAAAAAAUUGAAAAGAAAAAAGGCAGUCCUCAAAGAAUAUAAGAGAAUCCCAUCAAGGUCCAGGUCGAGAACACGCUCGAAGGAAAGAAGCUCCAGGUCCGCCUCUUGGUCAGCUGAAGAGGACUACAGCAAAAUGCACAAAUUGAAAUCCAAGAACAGGAGGUCAUCUAGUGAUCGUUCCAGUAGUCAUGAACGAUCGAAAAAAAAGAAAGCAAAGGAUAAAACGAAAGACAGAAAACCAAAAGGUUCCUGGUCCAGGGACAGAAAGAAAUCCAGGUCACGCUCAGGGAGUCCUGACAGCUCUUCUUUUGAGUUUUAUGAAAGCCGAAAAAAGAAAAGGCGAUCUGGUUCUCGGUCAAGAGGAAGAGAGCGUUCCCGAUCAAAUAGCACUGAGAGAACUAAAAGGCGGAAGCACAGGAGAGAGAAAAGCUAUGAGAGAUAUGAUAAAAAAGAUGGUAGCUCAAGGCCAAGGGAGAGAAAGAGAUCAAGAUCCAGGUCACGGGAAAGGAGAAAAUGGAGAUCUAGGUCGCCCUCUGUAUCGAGGUCCAGGGAGCACAAAAGCACUAAAUCUAGGGGGAGAAGGCCACGAUCUAGAUCACGCUCCAAGGAAAGAAAGCACAAGCCAAAAGAGGGGUCAUCGCUUUCUCCUCCAGAGAAGGAUCAGAGGUCAUCAGAUGACAAUGUAUCCAGUGUUUUUGGACAUUGUCAUUCUUUGAAACAAGAGCUGGAAGAGCCAGUGCCAGAAGACGUUUCCUUAAACCUCCAAUCAGCCAUCAUACCUGAAAAGGAGACUCCGAGAGAGACUGCUGUACAACAUGAAAAUGCUCAAGAGAGUGCAGAGAUGGAGCAGAUCUCUGAGGAAUUUACAAAUGAAGCUGCCCCCCCGCUGCCAGAGAACACAAGUUUUCUUGCUUCACAUGACAGUAUAGAUGCUUCCCUUGAGAAGGAAUUAAUAGAUGGGACUGAUUCAGCUGUGGUUAGUAGCCACAGUAGUGUGAACCUGGAGGAGACGGCAACUAAAAUAGCAGAUAUUGAAGAGUGUCCAUCUCUAAUAGAAUCACCUCAAGAGAAGGAAGUUAUUGUGCAGGAUGAAAGUGAGGCAACACCAACCCAAAGCUUAUCUGAAAAUAAAGUUGCAUUGUGUGUGAAAGAUGCUAAUGAUGAGUGCCCUGUAUUAGGUAAAAAAGCCAAUGAUGUAAAUAAGCCUGAGCAGGAGGCAGUACCUCAGGGUCCUGUGUUGAAAGCUAAAACACUUGUGAAAAGGGUUACAUGGAAUUUACAAGAGGAAGAAAGUGAUGCAUUGUCUGCUGAAAAAACACCAAGGGUGCCGUUUUACAAACUUCAGAGAGCAAAGGAAGGGGCCUGGAAAGCAGAGGACUUGAGCCAAACAUUAAAUCAGGUGCAGUUAAAUGAGCCUCCUCCAACCAAUUAUAUGAUUCCUGAGCCUAUGUUUCCUGAUCUAGAUUCCUCUCAGGUAUACAGUCAAAACAUACCUUUGACACCACCUCUGCCCUCAAGUCUGCCACCCUAUGCACCAGUCAGUCAGCCCACAGUUCAGUUCAUAAUGCAGGGGAGUCUUCCUCUGCUUGGCUGUGUGGCAGGACAGAGUUUGACUCCAGAGCCAGACAGCCUGGCUACGGCUUCUGAACCAGGAAAUCAGACUGCUUCAGUUGGAGACGUGGAAGAGAGAAUCAAAGCACCUAAACCUCCUCUGGAUAAAACAAAAAAUGAAGAAUAUAUGAAGAAACUCCACAUGCAGGAGAGGGCUGUGGAAGAAGUGAAACUUGCCAUUAAGCCCUUUUACCAGAAAAGGGAGAUUACCAAGGAGGAAUACAAAGAUAUUCUCCGAAAAGCCGUACAAAAGAUUUGUCAUAGCAAAAGUGGAGAAAUCAAUCCCAUGAAGGUGGCCAAUUUGGUAAAGGCAUAUGUUGAGAAAUACAAACAUAUGAGGAAACACAAGAAGACAGACACUGAAGAAGAUCUGCACGAAAUGGAGAAUUGAAGUAAGACCCAUCAUGAGACAAAUUGGGGUUAUUCUGGCCAAGGACGUUAUUCUGGAGGGAAUAAAUAGCCUGCAGUUGCAUCUCAUUGAAAAGAAGACGUUAAGAAGCUGGAUGUAAUAGGAUUUGUCUGCCGAAGGAAGCUUGAAUUGUUUUCCACGUGGGAAUAGAAUUUCUUGUCUUGCAUGAACUACAGUUGUAGAUCCAAAUGACAGAAAUCAAAUGCCGCCAAACCAGCAGCAUAGUUCAGCGGAGACUUAGAAAAUAUUAAACUUUGGGGGCUCUCAAGUUGACAGUUUUUAGGGUUUACUUUGAUCACAUUUUUGGUCUGUGCACCUGUCUUGCUAACAGUUUAAAACUGGACACCAUUUUUAUAUUCAGUACAUAAAGAGAGAUACUGUUUCCAUUGUGUUAUUUAUCAAACUAUGGAUUGUCUUUAAAAACUUCUCAUACGUUGAUUUAAUACUUGAAAUGUGGUAUUUUUAGCCUGCUCGAUGGUGAGUGAAACUUUGACUCGCUCUCAGUCGCUCAGGAGUUGCAAAAGUGAGCUAACCUUUAUAAAUUGUCUUCAGAAAACACUGCUCAAGAUGUGGCAUUUAUUUACAUUCUGUUGAAGUAUCUUGUUAAUGAGAAUCUUAAUUUUUUUGAAGGGGGGCAGAUUAUGUUGCAAUUUUGUAAAUAAUGUGCCGAUGGCUGUUUUUGCUUUUUACUAAGCUGCCUUUCAGAGAAAACAAAGAGCAAAGAUUGUGAAUUUUCAGUAACAAGCUUGAGGAAUGGGAGGGAACGAUGUACAAAUCAAAAAUGUGACAGAAUUUAUAAAGUUAUUUUGAAUGGUUUUA